ACGUAGUUUCAAUGGAGGAAGCGAAGAAACCCAAAACAGAUCACGACCGAUUAAGCAGUCUCUCCGAUGAUUUACUAUGUCAUAUUCUUACAUUCCUUUCAAUAAAAGAGGCUUACAGAACAAGUGUUCUUUCUUCAAGAUGGAUAUCACUCUGCAGCAAAAUCCUCGACCUUCAAUUUGAAUUACCAUUGUCUUCAAAAGCUAACAUGUCUAGAGAAAUUCAGCAUGCAUAUGCGGUUCUUCUAAGACGCAACGAAAAUAUAAGAAAAUUAGCAUUCCAUAGUCAACUUGGUUGCAAACCACAUGUUGCACAAUUGUGGGUCUUAAGAGCAAAACAACUUAAAGUGAAGGAACUUGACUUAGAUUUGAUUCUCCAGAAACCAACCAUAUUGCCGAUUUCGCUUCUCAUGUCUACGUCACUUGUGAUUUUGAAAUUGCGUGGCAAUAUUAAAACCUUAUUUCAUUCUUCUAUUGUUGUUAAUUUUCCUUCACUAAAGAUUCUUCAUCUUGAAUUACUUUUUCUCUACACUUCUACUAAUGAUGGUGAAUAUGAUCUCAAUUAUUUUUUAUGUGGUUGUCCAUGUCUUGAGGAAUUUCUUUUACAAGAUUGUUUGAUACGACCUAUCAAUAUCUCCCAUCACUUAUUAAAGAGAUUAUGUCUUAAUUUAUUCAAUCCUAGUUAUAUUACCGACUUUGGCCCAUUACAACUUAAUGUUCCUUCACUUGAAAUUCUUGAUAUUACUGAUUGUACCCUUCGAAAAUAUGAGUUUAUAAACUUGUUUAAUGUUCAUCGAGCAACUAUUCGUCUCAGUAAGCCUUCGGAUUUUGACGGUUUGUAUAAACUCUUGAAUGGAAUUUCUAAUGUCAAAUCACUGAUUCUCACUUCAGACACAAUUAAGUUUAUAUUAUAA